AUGGAAUUUCAACGGGGGGAACGCGUAAACCUCAACUUCGAUACUGGCACCGUUGAAAGGCUGGAGCCUGAAGUCGAUCAUACAACCCCGACCUACACAUUUCCCUCCUUCAUAGGCGACAUUCAAGAGCGUGACUCGUCCCAAUCAACCCCACCGGUCGCGCCCCUCCCGAAAGCAAACGCAAAUGGUUUCCCGGCGCAUAAGAAGCGGCAGCCGAAGGAAUCGGCUUUCAAGCGACAACGCGCAUCGAGAGAUCAACAAGCCGUGGCUACCGCAUCAAAACCACAAGCUGCGCCAAAACCGUCGAGCGCAGGAUUCGAUGCUGACGCGGAGAGAAAGGCAAUAGAUGAAGAGAACAGACGCACACUUGCUGUCAUGUCAGAUGCAGAGAUUGAACAGGAGAGACAGGAUCUAAUGUCGAGUCUCAGUCCUGAACUAUUACAGAAGUUGCUGAUGAGGUCAAGUCUAAAUGAUGGGAGCAAUGAGCGAGACCUUUAUCCUGAGGAAUCGCCCGGGACAAGUUCUAUAGCUGAUAGAGAGGAUUCGAAACCAAAUCAAAAGGGAAACGAGUUUACAAGAUCAUCAGCUUCGAACUCUUCAAGUAUGAAGAAGGUUUCGUUCACAGCCCAGGGAUCAAAUCACGAAUCGCCUCCUCGUGAGGCUCCAACCACAGGAUCCCACAUAUCUGGUUCACAGUCUCUAUCACGCACAACCACGCCAUUACCAGACACUGUAAUAGACGCAAUACAUUUCCCGCGCCCACCGCAGCUCCCGGAACUCGAUCCGAACGACCCUUCCUUCCUCAAAGACCUACAUGCCAAAUACUUUCCCUCUCUCCCCUACGAUCCAAGUAAACUAUCAUGGAUGGCACCAAUAGACCCCUCCGAUAAAUCGUCGCCCUAUCACCCCUCACAAACAGGCCUAAACGCUACAGAAUUACGUUUUGACUUCAAGGGCGCGCUCCUUCCACCUAGUGUUGCGCGAUCUCUACCAAGCGACAGGGGUCUGCAUCAUCACGCUGACGCGCCUGAGGCAGCAGGAUACACGAUCCCAGAAUUAGCGGUCCUAGCAAGGAGUAAAGUUGCUGCACAACGAUGUAUGGCGUAUCAGACACUAGGACGGAUACUAUACAGACUUGGACAGGGAGAGUUUGGCGUUGAGAAGGCUAGGCAGGAUACUGAUGGCCCAGUGCAGGUUGUCCAGGACCCGGAUAUGGAUGAUGAGGGAGAUGAAGAGGACGUGGGUAGUGCCAUGGCCGCAGGGUUGUGGAGCUGCAUUGAGGAAGGACGUGUGAUAGAGACUCUGACUGAGGAGGCAAAUAGAACGAGGGGCCACCUCACUGCACGGACACUUGCGCAGGAGGCAUUGUGGAACUGGAGGAGAGGGGGUGGCAGGAAGAGGCAUGCUGUUUAA